AUGCCACGCAGAAAGGACCCGUCCAAGCAGGUUGCUCGACGGAGCCAUCGCGGCUGCCACCGCUGCCGCCUGCACAAGAUCCGGUGCGACGAGGCCAAACCUCACUGUGGGCCGUGUACCUCCCGUGGCUAUCCCGACUGUGUCUAUGCCCAGAUUCUGAAGUGGGAGACUGACUACGUUGGCCGGGCCUUUGGCAGGGCCGGCGUUUGGUCGAAAUCCAGAGCCUCCGGCGCUAAUAAUAACAACAAAAAUGCCACCUCAAUGCCAACGACGACCCUGAACAACUACUGGAGUGUGCCUACUCACGUCUAUUCGUUCGGCUUUCUGAACACAUUCAUCAGCGACUUUGCAAAGGGGGAGUCUUCCUCCUCGUCGAACGAUGACGUCUCCUGCGAUGACCAGAAAUCGGCGGCUCUCACCCUGAGGAGGGAUCUGAACUCUAUGAAUCGGCCAGUGACGUACAUUCAACUCAGCAACCAGGCAGAAUCGCAACUACUUUCUUACUACCUAAACCGGAUCUGCCCAAUGACGAUACCCAGCGCAACAGGCCAAUCGCCAUUUUCGGCUCUCAUCUUCCCGUUCGCCGUCUCAUCUGCCUCGCCCACUCUCAUGAACGCCUUGCUGGGUCUCGCAGCUUCCCAUAGAGCGAGAACAGACAACAGAUACCAGCCCGUGGCUUUGAGCUACUCGGCAAAGGUGAUCCGGUCUCUCCGCCUGACUCUCGAGAACAAGUCCUCCGUAGACAUAGCGGCCAACUCGGAGAUCCUCGUCCUCAUGAUGCUCCUCUGCCAAUUGGAGAUCAUUGCCGAGUGUGACAAGCGCUGGGUCACGCAUCUGCGGGGGGCCCGGGAUCUCAUCAGGUUCAGACGACAAACCGUGGAUUCGGAUGUCGCCAAAACGGAGGUCAGGCAACAGAACCCCUGGGAGCGAAUCAUCAGGUUCACAGAGCGAUAUUUUGCCUUUUACGACGUUAUGGGACGAACGGCCUGCGGCGAGGAGCCCAUCUUCGGCAACGACUUUUGGUCCGCGCAGGAAGACCAGCUCGACCUCUGGAUGGGCUGCUCACCGCACCUCGUCAGCAUCAUUAGCGAAAUUACGGAGCUCAGCUUCCAGUACAAUCGGCUGUCGGCCUCCAUGGCGGAGGGCUGCUGGCAGGAUCUGGAGCGGCAACGCAUGAGGCUGGUUUCGCGCCUCCGGCAACCGCAGCUUAAGAGCGAGAGUGACGACGAAAAUAUCCGUCACACGGUGGAACUGAAGCGGUUGACCGUGGAAUUGUAUCUUCAUUCGGCGCUCAACGACUCGACUCCGACCACACCGGUCGUUCGGCAGAGCGUGAGGGGGAUCCUGCGCCUUGUCGCGAAGCUCCUCGCCGCGGGCGUCAAGGCUGGCUUGACGUGGCCGCUCUUCAUGGCCGCUUGCCAGCUCGAACCGACAGAGGAGCUCGAGUGGGCCACGGAUGAGCUAGACGAUAACAAGACCCCCCGGUACGCGCGGCCAUUGAUUUUGUACGCCCUGGACAAGCUGUCAGACUCCCUUGCAAACGUCGCCAGGACCCGCUCCGUUAUUGAGAAAGUCUGGAAGCAGCGCGAGGCCGCAUCGUUUCUUUCUUCGGAGUGUCAGCUGUCAUCCAGCACCAAUGCCUUUAAUGACUGGGCUCGCUUCGUUGCGCCGCUGUGUCACAACAUUAGUCUUGCUUGA